AUGAAAGAGAAGGUGAUGAUGAUGUGUUUUGUGAAGCCUGCAACAUGUCCUAUUAUGGAGGAUAAGGAACUGGGUUACGGCAGGAUUGACUCUGUGUUCAACAUGAAGCGUCCGUACGAUCUGGUUGCGUUCAUGAAGCAAGAGGACAGGGCAGCCAUGCUUGACAAGCUGAAACAGGAGCUGCUCUCGCGCAAGGAUGAGAUUGACCGGACAGAAGACAGGAAUUCUGGUCUAGAGGACAAGUUUUACAAGUCAGACGUUGAUUGUUUGGCUGGGGGCAAGCAGUUACCUGACCUUGACCUCUACAUUAGCACCGUCCUUCCACUAGAGAACAAGGGAAUCCGGUCAGUGGCUGGGAGGCCUGAUGACUAUUUGCCUCCCCACGUGCCUGCCAGUGAUUUGAUGCAGCCAGACUGCACGUUUUACACGGACCUUGAAUACAGUCCACACGCUUUUGAACACCUCGAGGGAAUGAAAGAUCGUAAAAAAUUGUCUGGUACGCCAGAGCUUGGCCUCAAGAAUGCCAUCACUUAUCAGGAUAACGUUGAUGAGUAUGGGCAUCAAGUGAAACAUACGAUUCUCUACUGGAACAAACCUUUCUGGAUGAAGGACGUGCGUGACGCCUGCCUCAACUGUGAGGUAAUAACAAACCGAUCAAAGGCCCGUGACGCUUCUGCGAUUGUAUUUUUUGGCAUGGCAGACGGAAUGGGCAAACCUCCACUGACACUCGAAGAACGUAAUCCCAAUCAAGCGUGGAUAUUUUCGUCCGUUGAGACACCGCUACAUAUGUUCCAAGAAUACAUGUCACCCGAGUGGCAGGGAAAGUUUAACUGGACUUGGACGUAUCGCCCGUCUGCUACAUUUUUCCAGCCUUACGGAAUUAUGCUAAAGAAAGAAUAUAUCCCGGAGAAGAACUACAGCGAUAUUUUCCAUCGGAAAAGUAAACUGGCUACAUGGAUCGUUAGCCAUUGCCAAACAGACAGUAAAAGAGAAAUCUAUGUUGGGCAGAUGAACACAUAUAAGAACGGAACCGUCGACAUAUUUGGUGGUUGUGGAAAAUACAAACCAACUUGGGGAGAGCGUGACAACCUAAUUAAAGACUAUAAAUUCUAUAUAUCAUUUGAAAAUUCCUUCUGUUCCGACUACUUCACAGAAAAGUUCUUUAGCGCAUUUUCCACUGACAUUAUACCCGUAGUGAGAGGAGGUGCGGACUACACAAAAUAUGUGCCGAAUGGAACCUACAUCGACACGCAAGAUUUCCGCUCCCCGAAGGAAUUGGUAGAUUAUCUUAUGCAAAUGGCCUCCGACGAGAAAAUGUACACGGAAAUAUUACGUCGAAAAGAUCGCUACCAGUUAUAUGCUGGCUCGCAAUUAUUCGGUGAAUGUGUUUGUCGUAUUUGCCAAAAGUUGAAUGACAUCGACAAAAAUCGAGCAACAAUAAUAAAUAAUUUAGAAAUAAUGGGUGACUGUCGGUCGCCGAAGGAUUUAAGAUGACCUUGUUUGUUAAGGUUCAUGUAGAGGCUUCGGUUUGAAAAAUGUGGGUACCCUUGCAUUGAACUCAAAUUUGACUAAACGCAGAGUGCCACAUUGAAAAUGUUUACAUAUUUGCUUUAAUGGAUGGUU